AUGUCGUUCUUGCCUCCCAAGCCCGAUUCAGAGAUCAAGAUGGAGGAUCAUUCAUCUGACUCCAGCGAUGCAGAAUUGGAAGCUGCCAUCCAAGUGGAACCUGAAGUAGAACCAUCAGAACCAUCCGCUCCCUCAGCCUCAACAGCAUUCAAACUCCCACCGAACCCAACUAUACCCCAGGACCUAUCGUUGAUCAUGGAGAUGGUAUCCAAAAAUGAAGUGGUCGGAUCGUUACCUCCUAUAUCGAUGAGUGCUGCUGAGAAAAGGAAGUUGGUAGAACAAAGCUUGAAAGGGAAAGGUAAAGACAAAGACAUAGAGACAGAAAUACCACAGCAGAAGCAGCAGGAGGAGGAAGAGGAUACGGAUUCGGACUCAUCGAGUGAAUUCGUCACUUCGUCUGAGGAUGAGUCAGAGAAAGAAGACGUACCAAUGGAUCAAGUACAGCAUCAACAGCUCAAGCAGGAAUUGGACGAAUUUGUCGGAUCCUCCAACCAAGUAGAGGUCGACUCUGAUUCAGAUAGUGAUGAAGACGGAGAAGGAGAUGAAUCGUAUGGAGGACUGAAUCAGAUGCGUUUUGAAUUUAUGGAAGAUUCGGAGGAUGAUGGACCCGCUACUGCUGGACCGAUCACGUCGUUACAUGAAGCUCCAUUACCGCCUGUUGCUCAACCUCCGAUGGUUAGGCUGCCGGAGGGUGAAGGUGUUAGUCUGGCUGGGGAGGUGGUUAGUUGGAUGCGGGAGAAGAAAGUGGAGGUGUGGCUGGAGAAGAGGAGGCUUGAAGAGGAGCAGGGUAAGAUGAAAGAAAAGAUAGAGGAGGAAAAUAUGUCGGAGCAGAAACUGGAUAUCAAAGCGGAAGGAACAGCGAACGAAAAAGACGAUGUAAAAAUGGGCGCAACGACUAUUGAUCAGUCGAAUGACAAGAUCAACUCAGAAACAGAAGAUAUAAAGGAACAUAUCUCAGGAGUAGCUGCCCUACAGACAAGUAAAGAAGAAGGAGAAGUCAUCGAAGGAGGAAUCGAUCUGCAAUCUACUUUUGAAGCUCCAGAUGCAACAAAAGAACACACGAAAAUAGCGCAACAGCUGAAAAAGACUCUGACCCCUUCGAAGGCUAAAGCAGUCGAACCCAAGUUCACUUCAUCAGGUACAGUGGUCGUGCGAGCCAUGCAAUCUCGACCUGGGGCAGCUGAUGAAGGAUGGCUGGAAGAGGGAAGUGUCUUAUGUUGGGAAGAUGGACGGGUACUGGGUACUGUUCACGAAACAUUCGGUCCCCUAACUUCACCGUUCUACACCAUCCGCUUACCACCCCUACCUUUCCCUUAUCCUUCUCCACAAUCACUCUCAGCGGGCAGCAAGCUAUUCUAUCCUAUGAACCCUUCUUACCGAUCAUUCGUCAACAUGUUGACCAUUCGAGAUCCGCGGUUCAAAGGAUCGGACGCGUCCAACCUUUACGACGAGGAGAUUGGUGAAGACGAGAUGGAAUGGUCCGAUGACGAGAUGGAAGCUCAAGCUAAAAGAAGGAGAAAACAACGUAAAGGGUCCAAGGCUCCUGGUUCCAAACAUGGCACUAUUCAGAAUAUACCUGGAUUACCGAAUAGACCUCAUUUCGAUUAUGAUCAUGAUGGAUCAGAAACCGCCAGUUUGCACGGAGAAGCAGAAGAGGACAACUGGGAAACUGGAAGUUCGUUCAGUACGAGAAGUAGGAAGGAACCCGAGCCGUAUGAUAUCAAUAUCGAUGAUUCCCCUCAAACACAACAUUCCCAACAGAGUCCAAAUCAAAGGGGAGGUAGAGGAAGGGGUAGAGGCAGAGGUCAAGGGAGAGAUAGGGGACGUGGUAGAGGUGGUUCGGGUGGUGGUGGCGGACGAGGACAUGGAAGGAGAGAGUCAAAUAGCCAUAACAGUAAUAACGAUCGUCAACAAUUCUCACUACCUCUUAAUCCAAUGAUGGCUCAACCCCAAUAUCAACAACAAUACAAUCCGCAACCCCAACAACAAUAUUAUCCUCAACAACAACAACAACAACAGCAAAAUUUCCCGUAUUUUCCUCAGCCUCAACAGUCAUAUCAGUCUUAUCCCUAUCCCCAGAUGGGCUUUACUCAACAACAGUAUCAACCACAAUAUAUCAAUCAUAAUGAUACUUAUGAACCCAAUCAACCUUCAACCGGCAUGCCUUCUUUCCCCAACCAUCAGCAACAGCAAGGAUAUCUGCAACAGCAACAGCAACAGCAGAACUUCGGUUCUCAGAAUGUACCAGCCAUCAAUCCUCGGUUCGCUGCUCAGUACGCUCAAAUGAUGAGCAAUCAAUCAGCUCAACAAGGUCAAGCUCAAGCCCAAGGACAACAAGGGUAUGGAUUUGGAUACGGAUCGCAGAACCAAGAUCAUCAAUAUAGCGAGUAG